CUCCAAUGUUCCUCAUGCAUUGCUAAAACCCUCUCUCUCUUUCUCUCUCUCUGCCAUUUCCCCCCGUUUGCUUUUGGAACUCCAAAGUUCUCGUCCUUUUGUUAUUCUUAGGAAACGCCUCUGAAGAAGAGGCACAAGAAACCUCCGAAGCUGCAAAAAUCUUGGUUUUUUUUUCGCAGAAAUGGCUGCAGAAAAGGCCGAGCAACAAGAGCAGAUAACUCUGCAAAACCUAAGCCAAGCUUUCCCUAUCUCAGUCGAACCUCAAAGCCAAGACUCGGACAAACCAUCGAACCCCAACCUCCCAAGCUUCCUGUCGUCAGUGAGGCUCAAGUACGUGAAGCUCGGCUACCACUACCUCAUAUCCAACGCCAUGUAUUUACUGCUCGUGCCACUCCUCGGCAUCUCCUCAGCCCACUUCUUGACCCUCACGGCCCAAGACCUGGCCCAACUCUCGGACCAACUGAGGUUCAACCUCGUCACCGUCGUCCUCUUCCCUGCCGUCAUGGUGUUUCUGGUAACUCUCUCCUUCGUGACCCGACCAAGCAAAGUCUACCUUGUUGACUUCGCCUGUUACAAGCCCAAACCGGCCCAGAUAUGCACCGGCGAGACCUUCAUGGAGAUCUCGGAGCUCACGACCGCCUUCAACGAGGAGAACCUUGCUUUCCAGCAUAAGAUAUUUGAGAAGUCCGGGCUCGGGCAGCGGACUUACUUGCCCGAGGCCGUGCUCCAGGUCCCACCAAACCUAUGCAUGGCAGAAGCACGGGCAGAGGUUGAGGCCGUGAUGUUCGGGGCCAUCGACCAGCUGCUGCCCAGGACCGGGGUCAAGGCUAAGGACAUAGGGAUCCUCGUUGUGAACUGUAGUUUGUUCAACCCGACACCGUCCCUGUCGUCAAUGAUCGUGAAUCACUACAAGCUCAGAGGGAACGUGUUGAGCUACAAUCUUGGUGGGAUGGGUUGCAGCGCUGGGUUGACUGCUAUCGACCUUGCUAAGCACUUGCUACAGGUACAUCAUAACUCUUAUGCCCUAGUGGUGAGCACCGAGAGCCUCACCCUCAACUGGUAUCUCGGCAAUGACCGGUCAAUGCUCAUCUCAAACUGCCUCUUCCGAAUGGGUGGGGCAGCCAUCCUCCUCUCCAACCGGUCCUCCGACCGCCGCCGCUCCAAGUACCAGCUCAUCCACACCGUGCGCACCCACAAAGGCUCGGACGACAAAAGCUAUGGUAGCUUGUUCCAGCGAGAGGACCAGAAGAAGAAGAUCGGCUUGUCGCUAUCCAUGGACUUGGUGGCGGUCAUCAAGGAAGCCAUAAAGACCAACAUCAUGACCCUUGGCCCGGCAGUGCUCCCAAUGUCAGAACAGCUCUGGUUCUUCAUGACCUUGGUCGCAAGGAAGGUGUUCAAGAUGAAGAUUAGGCCAUACAUUCCCGACUUCAAGUUGGCCUUUAAGCAUUUUUGCAUCCACGUUGGAGGCCGACCUGUUCUUGAUGAGAUGGAGAAGAGCCUCGAGCUCACCAAGUGGCACAUGGAGCCAUCACGAAUGACUCUAUACCGAUUCGGGAACACCUCGAGUAGCUCAGUGUGGUAUGAAUUGGCCUAUUUGGAGGCCAAAGGAAGGAUUAGGAAAGGCGAUAGGACAUGGCAAAUCGCAUUUGGGGCCGGAUUCAAGUGCAACAGCGCAGUUUGGCAGGCGUUGAGGACCGUUGACUCGGUGAAGGAGAACAACCCAUGGAUGGACGAUAUUCACGAGUUCCCUGUCAAUGUUUCAUAAGCGUUAUCCAUUGAUCUGACGCGAAAUAAGCGCUUCGGUUGGGAUUUUGCCAAUAUAAGCAAAGUUGAUUCCGAAUGAUACGCAAAUCCUUAAUUAUUCUAUUGCCUUGUGCUCAUAAGCAAGCAUCAUUCCAAAUCUUAUGGUUACGUAGGUAUUUAAAUAUGUCGAGAAUUUUCUAAUACUCGUGGUUAUCUAAAUAUUUGAAUAUGUCAAGUAUUUGCGAUUAUC